AUGACGUCGUACUUGAUCUUCUUAGCUUGCAUCAUCAGAUCUUCGAUGGCCGCUUCCGAUGCAAGCGUACAGUUUACCGAUGUUGUGGUAUUGAUAAUAUGUCCUAUCAAAGAAAAAGAGUCGUUGGCCGCUUCGGCACAGAAAUUAGGGUCGAAGCAGAAGGAUAUGAAGCUCGGUGCAGUUGCCACAAUGGAUGCCUCUGUUUCAGAAAUGGGGGAAUAUGGUUGCAAUGUUUGCAAUGAGGAAUAUUCUGGACUGGAAGAAAGAAGAACCCCGAGAGUACUUACAGGAUGCGGGCACACUAUUUGCCAAGGAUGUGCGCAGUCGAUCUGUAGACCAGGAGUUUCUUACAUUGUUUGCCCUUUUGACCGUGUUAGCACUCCAGUUACUGGAGGAGAUGUGCGACUUCUGAAGAAGAAUUUUGCGCUGCUGGAGCUCAUUGAAAGGAUCCAACAGUCUUGCAAUGAGGGAGAGAAGGUUGACCGUUACGCUCGUGAUCGUCUACUAGGAAUAGACUGUGAUGAAGAUCCUUGUCACACUGCGGUACUUUUCUGCACUGUUUGUGAAAGCCAUUUGUGCGAAAGGUGUGCGGAUAGCUCACAUGACACCAACGUUCUCUCAAAGCAUCGACGGAUCCCGCUUAGCGAGAAACCAGCAUCCACCGCCAGUUGUCGUGUUCACAACUCCUAUCCUAUAGAAUUUGUUUGCAAGGAAGAAAACUGCAGUAAUAAAAAUGGCUUGAUGUGUAUUUUCUGCAGAGACUACGGAUUGCACAAAGGUCACGCUCAUGUACUCAUUGAGCGCGAAACGGAUGAGCUCCGAGAGAAGCUGCAUGAGGCAAUUUCGGAGGUCUCAAAAGGUCUCACAGAAGUGGAGACGUUGAGGCGUCGUAUGCAAAAAGCUGUAAUUGAAUUAUCGAGCAGAGAAAGAGGACCAUUUAGCGAUGCGCUUACACAGGUUCGCUCUCAUUUCAAUCGUCUUAAAGAAUCGCUCUGUCGCGAUGAAGAAACAGCGUUGGAUACGUUGACAUCACACGUCAAUAGCAGAGUGGCCACUUUAAAUAUUUAUAUUGAAAAAAUGGAUGCCAUUCACAACAAGCUUAGUUCCACAUCUUCUGAACUACAACGUAGUUUGGUUUUGGAGCGAUCAAAACUCGUGGAACGAAAAAGUGAUUUGCUCGCAUUAGCUGAAGCAGCAACUAUCGAAGAAAUACAUCAUCCAGAGGAUUCUGUGCUGUCGACCUUAAUUCCGUAUUCAAUAUCGCGGACGAACCAACUCCAUAUUGGCCAUUACGAAGAUGCCCGUGUCGUACUGCUAGGUCUCGACGGUGCUGGCAAAACUACCUUGCUUCGCUCAAUAAUGAGAGCACCUUAUGUUCCUGACAUAUCCCCGACGAAUGGUUUCACAGUUGACUCGAUUCACUAUAAAAACUUCCGUCUUCAUCUUUGGGAUGUCAGUGGUCUUAAUCGCUCUCGAAAUGUUUGGAAGAACUACCAUUCGAACGCUCAAGAUGGCCCGUCUUCACUGGACGUGCGGGCCCUAGCACCUCUUCCACUCGUUUCGUUCCCUCGCCAUUGUCAUCCAAGAUGUUCUCAAGCUUCGUGA